AGUCUGAGUUUUUAUUCUCCCAGGGUGCACGGUGUCCCUGCACGAUCAGUGUUUACAGGAUGUUAUCUGUAUCGGCCCCUCAUCCCUCCGAGUGGGUUUCUGUGGAAUGCUGAAAGUGGAUGGAGGAGUUCCAAAGGGGGAGUGACAACAAGAGAGACAGAGAGAGAGAGAGAGAGAGAGAGAGAGAGAGAGAGAGAGAGAGAAAGAGAGAGAGAGAGAGUCUAUAUAUACAUCCCAAAGAGGCUGGUGCGCAAAGGCACAGCUGGACUUCUGGAUUACUGGACUUCAGCCCACUGGAUAUUUAACUCAUAAGGCACCAGCAAAGUCUUUGGCUGUGGAAAACACAUUAAGUUAGCUAGUGUACAAUACGUGACAUAAAGAUGAACAGUGUGGCAGAUUGGGUCGUGCAGAACAGGGACAAGAUCGAGAAGGGUGUGGAGAUCAUGGGGCAGGCCUCGGAGGUGCUGGCAGCCACUGUUGGCCAGCUUCAUCCAGUCUUAGAGGCGGUGUUUGUGGCUUCAGCCGAGCUACUCAGCAAUCCAGAUGGCAAAGAGGCUCGUUACCUUACAGAGCAAUUUGGCAUCGUCAACCAGAAACUUGAAGGAAUCCAAGAUGAAAUUGAUCAAAUUGCCCUGGAACUCCAGAAGACUUCCUUGAACAAGCAGAACUUUGACCGUGAGGCUCAGAUGAUCAGCCAGUAUGAAAAGUUCCAAGACUUUGUCAAUGCAAAGCCAAAGUUCAAGGAGAAGAAAAUGGAGAAGUUCCUCAGCCAUUACGAAAACACUGAUGGAGACUUGAACCUGGACGCCCUUUACAAUGCUGUCACUGGGAAGAAUACCUCAGGAGACCCAAUGCUGGAAACAGUUGUCGCCAUAGAACAGAGAAGCAGAAGGGCAGUUGAGGAUUUCUGUGCUCGACUGAAGAAGCUCUUCGUGGUGGGAAUUAUCGCUGUCAUGGGUCAUGCUGCCCUCAAGGAAGGGGUGGUGGGAGAGGAGAUAGUGAAGAAGUGGCAGGACCAGAUGGCUGAUGUGGAGAAACGAAUGAAAGCUGCGGUCGAUGACUGUACGGAGAACUUUGCUGAUCAGGCUAAAUCGGACCUCGAACACUUGCUCCAUGAGAAACACACCACUGUUGAUGUUGACUUCACCAAAUCCCUUCUGGAUGCACUUGUUAAGAAGUACGACUGGGUAAAAUGGUCUGUGAGAGCCUUCUACAAUAAAGAACGCAUAUUCUUCUUCAACUGGUUGGCAGGAAAGAAAUACCAUGGAAAAGGAGGAGGAGCAAACCACUUUGAAAUUUUGACCGAGUACAAUAUUCAAGUGGUCAUCUCUUUCUGUGUUAAUCCAACAACCAUUAACAAGAGUCAGAUCCAGGAGCUGAUUGAGCAGCACAAGCUGAAGGGGAAUAUGAUCGAAGUGGCCUUUUCUUUGAGCAAGAGUAUCUCCAACUGUCUCGUUCAUGCCAUCAGCACUUUUAAAGAGGUGGUGGAGGCCAACAACUUCCCUGAGGAUUCUUAUUACUAUGCAAAACACAAACGAGCCUACGUGUGCAUUCAUCCUGAGUAGGUUCAUGUCUAAAAUAAUAAAGAGAAUCUUACAGGAAAAAAAUACUACCAAUAAGUUCAUGAAUGUAUUUACCUGAAUAUCUGAAGAUAUCUUCAAUUAAAUAUAUAUAUAAAUUACUGAUAAACAACUAUAAAUAUGCUCAUCUAUCAGGGGUCUGGUGUGUAAAUCAUUGUAUUGAAAUUUUUCUUUUGCAUAUUGCUCUGCAUCAUGGAUAAUACAGUCAGCCAUGUUAUGUAUGUCUGUGCCAACUUCACUGUAAAGUUAUGAAAAAUAUAAUGUUUCUGUCCACUGUGGAUAUUACAGUGCAUAAAAAAAUCAAUUAUAUAUGUGCUACUUUUGGUGGAAUAGAUAGUUUUCACUGUCAUCACUCCAAAGCACUGUGACAGCAGUCCAGUGAGAUAGUGGAAAGCCCAUAUGAGUAAUGUGGCAGAUUUGAUCAAUAAUAAUAACACCGCCAUUGUCUAUUUGUCUUGAGUGGUAGCUUCUCUCACAUUUAUGGCUAGCUUGAUAACAAACACGAUUGUGUUUGGUACAGCACAGUUGUUAAUCAUCAAGUAAGCUAAUAUUAGCAUGCUAAGCAGCAACAGUUCAGCCAGAAAGCACCUAGUCAAACAGGAAAAACUUUUUUUUUUAUUGUUGUGCAGUGCUCAAUAGCUGUGACACAAUAUUAAAUAGUUCAACAUGUUCCUGCCACUGCUGGGAUAGGGUCCAGCAGUUGAAGAUGAGUGAGUGAGUUAACAUGAUCCUGCCAUCAAAGCUAACCAUUUUAGGUGGAUACAGUGUUCAAUGCUAGCAUACUAUAGCAUGUUUUUAAUAUUAGCUUAUUAGCUUUAAGCAGCCUCUCCAUAUUGUCUAUACAAACAGCUGAUUAACACAAACAUAUAUUCCUUCCAAGUGACUUUGAAUUUUCCACUCCGUUUAAGGGUGAGGUUAGAAUUGCUAAAACUGUGAUCCUAACAAUGUUUUGAGAGUAACAGGCCACUAUCAUGUAACCACAGUUGGUGGAGGAUUAAAACAAGAGUGAAAUGUUUAAACUGCCUUAUGUAAAUAUUCUUACUCGGUUCUUAUUCUUGCUGUGUGGUUGUGUGACUUGGACUCCAGCCAGUCACCUAAAAUGCUAACUGGAUAUCUUUAGUACCAAGUCUCUCCAGAGCCAUGGUGGGCACACAGGGCAGAAACGGUGCACAAAUUCUUGGGUACUGAUCACUUCAGCAGGUGAACUGGACUUUAAAUUGAGGGCAGUUCAUCAGUAAAAUCACCUCUAACUAUCUCCUCCUUGAGGACCCCCAAGGCAUUCCCAGGGCAGAUGGGAGAUACAAUCCUUCCAGUGUAUUAUGGGUCUCCCCCACUACUGUAUCUCCUCUCGGUUGGAUGUGCCUCCUUUUUGAUGUUAAGGAGUGGCAUCUCCUUGUUUUGUGAAGUCCCUUGUAAUGGAAAUGAUCCAAGGCAGGGCUUGACUGUUUUAGUCUUUUUUCCAAGUGACAGGAAACAGCUAAAGUUAUUGUGCCUCUUUUUUUUUUUUUGUAUAGCGGACAAUUUCAAUACCAAAACCAGGUCCAUUCCAAACACAUGGAUUUGAUAUGAGAUUUACAAUCUGUGUUGUGAAAUAUCAUGUGGUUGACUUAUUUCAACUUAUCAGCAUUCAAAGUCUCAUUUUCCAGAUCAUCUGUCACCCAGUUGGGUCUCUAAAAUGGAAUCAUAAAAACUGUGAUGUCAAGUGAAAACUAUCUAUCAGAUUGCUGCUGGGUAAAUGUCAAUCAUCUUAAAUCCACAAUGUUUUGCAACAUUUUUUUAAUGUGUAUUUUAAUUUGUAAUAAAAUAUGAACACUUCUGUCA